AUCAUCACCAUUACCACCCCAUGAAGCCAUCUUAUCAUCAUAUAUAGCAUUCUUUUAGAUCUCCAUCCAUCAAAUUAACCACUUUGAACAACAAAAAGGAAAACCCUAAGAGAACAAGUCUAGCUAGCUUACAAUUACAAUGAGAAAGCCAGAGUCUAUGGAAAAAGACGAUGUCGGUGGAGCGAAAACUAUUAGCAAGAAGAAGAUGAUGAUGAACAAGCUUAGGAAGGGGUUAUGGUCGCCGGAGGAAGAUGAGAAGCUGAUGAGGUACAUGUUAACCAAUGGACAAGGCUGUUGGAGUGACAUUGCAAGAAAUGCGGGUCUCCAAAGAUGUGGAAAGAGUUGUCGUCUUCGUUGGAUCAAUUACUUGAGACCUGACCUCAAGCGUGGUGCAUUUUCACCCCAAGAGGAAGAGCUUAUCAUCCAUUUCCAUUCAAUUCUUGGCAAUAGGUGGUCACAGAUUGCUGCACGUCUUCCAGGACGAACGGACAAUGAAAUAAAGAAUUUUUGGAAUUCAGCCUUGAAGAAAAGGUUGAAAAAUAACAAUAUGUCCACGUCCACAUCGUCACCAAACGAUAGUGAUUCUUCAGAUCCUAGAGAUCAUGUCGUUGGAGGGACGUUUAUGCCCAUGCAAGACCAUGACAUGAUGACCAUGUGCAACAUGGACUCAUCAUCCUCAUCAUCCACAUCCAUGCAAGCCAUGGCCGUUAACAGCAACCCAUUGUUCAAUCCUUUUUAUAUGCUUGACAAUCGUUACGACAUUGCCCAUGCAGACGAUAUCGUCCUAAGUCCCACAUGCUUCCCACACUUACCAAACCUUGAAGUUAAUCAGGAGCAUUAUGGGGAUUAUGGAAACUUAGAGGGUGGUCAUAAAAUGGGGUUAGAAGGUGACCUUUUUCUUCUUCCACUCGAAAGCAGAAGCAUUGAGAAUAAUCUGAAUGGUCAGUUGGUAGCUGAUAAUAUAAGCAAGAAGAGUAUUAGCAACUACCACUUCCAUAAUAGUUGCUUUAAUAACACGGAAAUCGGCUUUAAAGUAGAUGAGGAGGAGGACAUGUUUGGAUAUGAAAAUAAUGUUGGACAAGGAGAAAACGUAAGAGUGGGAGAAUGGGAUUUCGAGGGUUUCAUGCAGGAUAUUUCCUCCUUUCUCUCUUAAAGAGGAGAGCAGAGCUACAUAAAUUCGUAUUUAGCUAAGGCAUUUGCAAAAUAAUUUUUUUGGCAUUUGCUUACUUAGCCAACAAAACCUUUGGUGCAUACAUGAAAUAAUAUUGUUCCUUCGGAGAUCAGAAAUGUCAAAAGUGAUGUAAGUAGAGAAUAGAAUAUAAGAGGGCUUGUAGUUUGUUAAUUUUGUUGUACACAAGAGAAUAAAAAAGUUGGAGGUGGAAGUUGUUAGUGAAAAAUGAGAAGGAGGAAAUUUCAUUAUGUAAACAAACGUUAAUAACGAGCAAAGUAGAUUCAAUAUAUUUUCAAUGUUCA